GAAGAAAAGAGGAGCCAAAGCACUUUAGGACCCAUACCGUGUCUCCUCAGUAGCCCCAUGAUGUGAUCUACAAUUUUUUUCACCCACUAAUAUUUGUUCUCUUCUCCCUUAUAUUUCUUCCCUUUCUUGCUAUCAAGUAGAGACUGUUUAGAAACUAUUUUGCAGGCUAGCUUGAUGUCAAGCAGCAAAGGAAAAGAUGUAGCAGAAGGAUCAAGAUCUUCUGCUGCUGCUGGUAGUACUGGUACUGGUGGUGGUAGUAGUGGUGGUGGUGGCGGUGGUGGUGAUCAACAGCAUCAGCCACCUCAACUGAGCCGCUAUGAAUCACAAAAGAGGCGGGACUGGAACACCUUUGGUCAGUACUUGAGGAACCAAAGGCCCCCAGUGGCACUUUCACAGUGCAACUCCAAUCAUGUGCUUGAGUUCCUGCAGUAUCUGGAUCAGUUUGGAAAGACUAAGGUUCAUUUACAAGGUUGUGUCUUCUUUGGACAACCUGAGCCCCCUGGUCCUUGCAUUUGCCCACUUAGACAAGCAUGGGGCAGCCUAGAUGCCCUCAUCGGCCGGCUUAGAGCUGCUUAUGAAGAAAACGGUGGCUUGCCUGAGACAAACCCUUUUGCUAGUGGUGCUAUCCGGGUUUAUUUGCGCGAUGUGAGGGAUUCUCAAGCCAAGGCUCGAGGUAUCCCCUAUAAGAAGAAAAAGAAGAAGAGAAAUCCAAUGAAGGCCAACGACGAUAACUCCAACUUUCCUAUGCAGUAAUUUUGGUUUCCUUGCCUAUCCUAAGAAGUGGUUCCUAAAAUAAUUAACUUCGAUUCCGGAUGUUUUGAAGCUCUACUGUACUACUGGAUUGCGAUAUUCAACUCUUCCUUGGAUCGAAUCCUUUGAUGUUUUUUUAUAGCUCAAGCACUGUAUUUAAUGUUUGAAUCAUGAGUUAGCUUGAAGUUUAUUGGAGUAAAACGUAAUUAUCUGGUAAGUUCCUCUA